AUGAUAGUACAUUACACGUGCGGCAGAAAGGUUUUUUGGCUUCUUCGGCUGCGCGCCAUCGAGGCCGCCCCGGGAGGCCGAGGUGGAGGCGGUUGCUCUGGAGGCGGAGGUGGAAGCUACGCUAGCCGCGGAGGUGGAGGUGGAGGCGCUGGAGGCUUCUUGGGCGGCGGUGGAGCAGCUGGUGGAAGCGGAACCGUCUCGAUUGCCGGAGUAGUUUUCCAGAAGCCAAGUGGAGGUGGAGAAGGAGGCUUCUCAAGUGGAGGAGGCUUCUCCGGCGGUAGACGAGCAGGACACUCAAGUGGAGGAGGCUUCUCCGGCGGAGGAGGAGCAGGAGGGUUUGUAAGUGGUGGAAGUGGAGCAGGAGGAUUUCCAAGUGGUGGACGCGGAGGAGUAGGCUGCAGCGGUUCCGCAGGCGGAAAAGGAAGAGGAGGCGCCUCAGGCCGCGGUGGAGACGGAACAGUAUCGAUUGCCGGCGUGGUCUUCCAGAAACCAAGAGGAGGUGGAAGGGGAAGCUUUUCAAGUGGAGGAAGUGGAGGCUUCUCCUGCGGUGGAAUCGGAGGUUUCUCUAACGGUGGAAUCGGAGGUUUCUCUAACGGUGGAAGCGGAGGCUUCUCUAGCAGUGGAAGUGGAGGCUUCGCUAGCGGUGUGGAGGUUCUCUACGGUGGAAGUGAGGGUUUCUUUAGCGGGAAGUGGAGUCCCUUUUCUAGUGGGGAAGUGGAGGUUUCGCCAGCGGUGGGGGUGGCAGUGAUCAAGGAAGCCAUGGUGGUUCAUCCAGCGGAGGCGGAUAUGGAAGAAAAAUAUGCACUCUGA